ACCAUUCCAACGUGGAAUAUCUGUGACGAGGAACGGUUUGCUUCAGUCUUCAGUUGGUUGCCAGAACCGUGCGGAACCGGUACAUCGACGUAGGAUACGCUACAACGAUCUCACAACCAUCGCUGAGUAACAUUAGUUGAAUUGGACAAUGUCGGCCAGUCAAUACUAUCAUGUGCAGUGCACACCAACGGUGUACCCUGCCGACCCCUUCAAUGCCGAGGAAGACGCAGCUCUUCUUCGAACCGCUAUGAAGGGUUUCGGCACCGAUGAACAAACCAUCAUCGAUGUCCUUGCCCAUCGCGGUAUCGUACAACGGAUUGAAAUAGCCGAUAAAUUCAAAACGAUGUACGGCAAGGACUUAAUAUCUGAACUGAAAUCAGAACUGGGUGGUAAUUUCGAAAAGGCUAUUUUGGCAUUAAUGACACCAUUGCCAGAGUAUUACGCCAAGGAACUCCAUGAGGCAAUUUCCGGAAUGGGCACGGACGAAGGUGCUCUAAUCGAGGUGUUAGCGUCGCUUAGUAAUUAUGGCAUUAAGACUAUAUCUGCUGUUUACAAGGAUAAAUACGGUACAGAGUUGGAAGAGGACUUGAAAAGCGAUACGUCUGGGCAUUUCAAAAGACUUUUGGUUUCUCUGUCUUGUGCUAGUAGAAGCGAACACCCUGAGGUCGACGAAGAAGCCGCGAUCGAGGACGCGAAACGAUUGCUGGAAGCUGGUGAAGGUCAAUGGGGAACAGAUGAAAGCACAUUUAAUGCUAUUCUUAUUACCAAAAGUUAUCCACAAUUGCGAAAGAUUUUCCAGGAAUAUGAACGUCUUUCUGGUAACAGUUUAGAAGAUACUAUUAAAGGAGAAUUUUCAGGAUCUCUGGAAGAUGGGUAUCUCGCAGUUGUAAAAUGUGCCCGAAACAAAACAGCUUAUUUUGCUGAAAGAUUGUACAAAUCAAUGCGUGGUCUUGGUACUGAUGAUUCGACGCUGAUCCGCAUAAUUAUAACACGAUCUGAAAUAGAUUUAGGUGAUAUCAAAGAGAUGUAUCAAACCAUGUAUGGACAGUCGCUCGCAGGAGAUAUCGACAGUGACUGCGGCGACGAUUUUAAGCGGCUUUUGAUCGCUCUUUUGAAUUAAAGAAAACUAUGGAAAGGAACAUGCACUUACAUUAAUUUUAUUUUCAAAUUGUAACAUGGCCAUCUGUCUCUAACAUCAAUGUUAAUAUGUAUAACUGUGUGAUAUAGAUACUUCUUCGUGAUAAAUUUGCACGUGUUACCAGAAAUUUGUCGUUUGUUUUGUAAAUAGUAAAACGAGAAUACUUGCAUUUUCUCUUUCCAGAGUGAUUGCACCGCUGAAUGGAAAAAACUUUUGAUCGCGAUGCUGAAUUAAGAAUUCGCUUUAAUACCAUUCAAUCAAAUGCUUAACGAUAAAUAUUUGAAAGAUUGCCGAUAUUACAAGUACAGGAUGAUGUACAGAGACGCCGUGAAAUAAAUCAGAAAUCUACAAAUCAAGCUGCAAAAUAUCAAACGCUUUGGAAUUUCCAGCAAUGUGAUCUUUGAUAGAUAUUAUGGAUGUAAUAACAAGAUUGGUACGAACAAAAAUUUAGUCGGUAAAAACAUGAAAACGUAUUAAGCAUAACCGGUUUGCUCCGGUUAAUGUUAUUUCCUAAUGUAAUCUCGUUUUUUUAUUCUUUUUACUUUUUUUUCGUUUCUAACACUAUUGAUUCAACAUUCCGUAUUUUAUAUAUUAUUUAUUACUAAUUGUUAUUUUUGCAAUUGAUAAUAAAUCAGAAUAAAAAAUUAUGGUAUAAA